AUGGAUGGAUACCUUAUCUGCUCUUUACUGUACCUUUGCUCAGCUACUAUCGUUCCCGCCCGUUUGCUAUAUUCGACAUCGCUUCCAAUAUCCUUCUCUUCGCUGCACCCGAUAUCACUCGCUAGAGUCACCACUUGUCCCUUGCCUCGAACCAACACAUACCUUUGUUUCGUUCCGUUUCGCCGAUACCUGUUUCUCCUCCGCGACGACAAAAGAGUUGCCCAAAGACAAGAAAAAGUCAACUACGGCGCUACACGGAUAGAAAUUAAGGCCAGAGACAGGCCGGUAGACCCCUGGAAGCUUACCUGCCUCUCUUGUUCAGCUACCAAGAAAGAUCCGCAAACUGGGGCAAAAACAUCGCCGGGGAAAAAACAACACCCAAGCAACGGCCUGACCCCCCAGCCACCCCAGUUUGCGAACCUCACACCUUCGCCUCACCCCUCCACUCUCACCACUUGGCCUUCCCUCCUUUGCGCCAUCCAAUUCUGA